AUGGCUUGUUCUUACGUAUUAUCGCCAAACGCAACCAAACUCAAUCUCUCUUUUGCUCCGUCCGAUCUCGACGCACCUUCGCCGUCAUCCUCCGUUAGUUUCACCAACACUAAACCCAGACGCCGUAAACUCUCAACAAACUCCGUCACAGACUCUCCGGCUUUAUUUAAUUUCCCAAAUUACCCUCCUCCAAACCCCAUAAUUCCCGAAAAGGACACUUCCCAUUGGAACCCACUCCAACGCGCCGCCUCCGCCGCUCUCGAUUUCGCCGAGGCCGCAUUGCUGUCCCGCGAGCGUUCUCAACCUCUCCCUAAAACCGUCGAUCCUCGCCAUCAGAUCUCCGGUAACUAUGCUCCGGUACCGGAGCAAUCCGUCAAAUCCUCUAUCUCCGUCAUCGGGAAAAUCCCUGACUGCAUUGACGGCGUUUAUCUUCGUAACGGUGCUAACCCUCUCUUCGAGCCAGUCUCUGGCCAUCACCUCUUCGACGGAGACGGAAUGGUUCACGCCGUUAAAAUCACUAACGGAGACGCGAGCUACUCGUGUCGGUUUACGGAAACCGAGAGAUUGGUUCAGGAAAAACAACUCGGUUCUCCGAUUUUCCCUAAAGCCAUAGGAGAGCUACACGGCCACACUGGAAUAGCACGGUUGAUGCUAUUUUACGCACGUGGUCUAUGCGGUUUAUUAAAUCACCGUAACGGAACCGGAGUCGCUAACGCCGGUUUGGUUUACUUCCACGACCGGUUAUUAGCGAUGUCUGAAGACGAUCUGCCUUACCAAGUUCGCGUCACCGACAAUGGCGAUCUAGAGACCGUCGGAAGAUUCGAUUUCGGCGGGCAAUUAAAUUCCGCCAUGAUCGCUCACCCGAAAAUCGAUCCUGAAACGAAGGAGCUAUUCGCGUUAAGCUACGACGUCGUUAAGAAACCGUACCUGAAAUACUUCAGAUUCUCGCCGGAAGGGGAGAAAUCGCCGGACGUUGAGAUUCCCGUCGCGAGUCCGACGAUGAUGCACGAUUUCGCGAUCACGGAGAAUUUCGUCGUGAUUCCGGAUCAACAAGUGGUGUUUAAGCUCUCCGAUAUGUUUCUCGGAAAAUCUCCCGUUAAAUACGACGGAGAGAAAGUUUCCCGGUUUGGAAUUUUGCCGAGAAACGCCGAGGAUGCGUCGGAGAUGAUCUGGGUAGAGUCACCGGAGACUUUCUGUUUCCACCUAUGGAAUGCUUGGGAGUCGCCGGAGACGGACGAGGUUGUUGUGAUCGGAUCUUGUAUGACUCCUGCGGAUUCGAUCUUCAACGAGUGUGAUGAGCAGCUCAACAGCGUUUUGUCGGAGAUCCGGUUGAAUCUCAAAACCGGAAAAUCCACACGCAGAACUAUAAUUCCCGGUUCGGUUCAGAUGAAUCUUGAAGCUGGUAUGGUGAACCGAAAUCUUCUAGGGAGGAAAACCCGGUACGCGUACCUUGCCAUAGCCGAACCGUGGCCUAAAGUAUCUGGAUUCGCUAAAGUGGAUCUCUCCACUGGAGAAGUUAAAAAUCAUUUUUACGGCGGUAAAAAAUAUGGAGGUGAGCCUUUUUUCUUACCCAGAGGGCUAGAAUCUGACGGAGAAGAUGACGGUUACAUUAUGUCGUUUGUUCACGACGAGGAGAGUUGGAAAUCGGAGCUUCAGAUUGUUAACGCCGUUACUUUGGAACUGGAAGCAAUCGUUAAAUUGCCGUCAAGAGUGCCGUAUGGUUUCCACGGCACGUUCGUGAAUGCGGCUGAUAUGUUAAACCAGGCUUAG